CAUCAUGGUUUUGUUGUAUUUAAAAUUAUUAUUACAGGGAAGUGGAUAUGUUUACGAAACGUUGUUGCAGCCAUAUAUAUCGAGGCACGAGACGGAUAUCGAUAGGAGCGUAGCUGAAUUUAAGGAAAGAGCAUGGAAUUUAGCAAUUGAUUAUUGGCACAACUGCACCGAUUUGAGUUCCCAAAAGGCACUCCAGUUAUUCAAAUUUGUUGUUUCCCAUUGUACCAAAGUUACACUACCAAGCUCCCAGAAUGAUGGGAAUGAGCAAUUAAAUUCAGCUCCACCACCAACCCCGCCGAGCACGCCGUCCGGAAUAUUCAAGAGGACCAAGUCCGACAAGCGGCGGCCGCCUGUUCCACCCUCCCCCUCUCAUCGUAGCCAAACACCCAAGUCUGACUCAACUAAAGUCCAGCUCCGCAGCCAAACACAGUUUAUCCACACCGAGGAUAUUCUUAUUCCUGAUUCGAAUAUCGGGAUUAAAUUGGAAGCAAAAUCAGAUAGCGAACCCGAUUCACAUGCCAAACGGGUCGAACACAGGCCCUCCAAAAGCAAUUAGCAAAAUCAGACAAGAAAUUAAAACUGUAGAUUUUUUUUUUUUUAUCUUAGGUUUUAGAUCCACUAAAAUUUUCAAAUUUGUUCAUUUUUUGGUCCUUGUAUUUUUUUUUUCACCCAAUUUGAACCUUUUUACGGUUCGAAUACACUUUCCAAUUUUGCUAUUACACCAAAAUUAAAA